AUGGUCAUAUUCAGCUGGCUCUGCUGCAUCCCCCCAAGCCCAUCUCCUCCCCCGCUCUCAGCCUCGUCUCAGCCUCAUCCUCAUUCCACCACCACAACCACCAACGCAACAAAUCAUGCCUCAGGGGAAGAAAUUGGCUACACCUCACCACCCGACCUCCCAGCCUACACGCCUCGCCGCGACAGCAUCCACGAAAAGACACUAGAAUUCCACAUGCGCGAUCCCUCGAUCUCAUCUGCCUCUGCUUCGUUUGACCAGAACCAACAGAGUCAACACUCGGACUACCCCGACGAAAAAGCCCACUACCAAUACGACCAAGAUCCUUCUCUCAACUCUCCAUUACGGAAUAGCAACCGCCCCGAGGACCUCUCGUCCGACGUCUCUUCAGCUAUUUCGUUUACUAGUAGUUACGGGAAUACGUCCACCGCUACGAGGGAGACGCCGCCGCCGCCGUAUUCGCCUAGGGAGGGGUCCCCUGUCCCGGGUCGGUCGAGGUCGGUUUCUUCGGUCUCUGGACGUGGGAUGGGGUGGGCUGUAGGUGUUCCGACGCAGAUGAUGCAGAUUGCGCAGCCGAGGCCCGUGUUCCAGAGACGGGAGACGUUGAUGCGGAGUUUUGUUGCGAGGAGGAGGUAG